AUGAGGGAGCGUCGCCCCCAAACGCCCCCUCAUGGCGCCGGGUCUGGGUCCAGUCUGUGUUCAGGCAGACUGGAGGUGAAGUUGAACCAGUCCUGGUCCUCAGUGUGUGAAGAUGACUUUGACCAGCAGGAUGCAGAGGUGGUCUGCAGGGAGCUGGGCUGUGGACCUCCUACAGUCCUCCAAGGGGUGUUAUAUGGAGAAAUAGAGGCUUCAACAUGGACCAAACUGUUCCAGUGUGGAGGAAAUGAGUCUGGUCUUUUGGCCUGUGAAAGCUCAGGCUCAGGCCGAAACUCCUGCUCACCUCAUAAAGCUGUUGGACUCACCUGCUCAGAAUCUGUCAGACUGGUUCGUGGGUCCAGUCUGUGUUCAGGCAGACUGGAGGUGAAGCUGAACCAGUCCUGGUCCUCAGUGUGUGAAGAUGACUUUGACCAGCAGGAUGCACAGGUGGUCUGCAGGGAGCUGGGCUGUGGGCAUCCUUCAGUCCUCCAGGGGGCGCUCUAUGAAGAAACAGAGUCUCCAAAGUGGACCAAAGAGUUCCUGUGUGGAGGAAAUGAGUCUGGUCUUUUGGCCUGUGGAAGCUCAGGUUCAGACAGAAACUCCUGCUCACCUGGUAAAGCUGUUGAACUCACCUGCUCAGAGCCUGUCAGGUUGGUGGGAGGAGCAAGUGGAUGUGCUGGUAUAGUGGAGGUUAAAAUCCAGGAGGAAUGGAGACCAGUGGUGGAUUAUGGCUGGACCCUGAAGACAGCAGGUGUUGUGUGUCGACAUCUGGACUGUGGCUCUGCUGUUUAUACAGAAAUCAGAGAUGUUUCCUCAGACAGACCUGUGUGGAGGAUCAGUUCUAUGUGUAUUGAGUCUGGAUCUGCACUGAGGGAAUGUGAGACAUCUUCCACUUUUUCUUCCUCCAGCCAACAGAUCAUCUGUUCAGGUGAGUCCAUCAAUAACUUCAUAAAGUAA